UGUUAACUCAUAUGAGUUACGAUAUAUCCCAAUAGUUCAUCGAAUUUAGAAAAUAAAUUAUGAACAAAACAUAAACAGCUCCAGUAACCAAUAAUAGCAAAAUAUAAACCAUUUCAACACCAUCAAAGAAAUAAGAAUUUUCAGUUGACAUCCUUAAAUAAUCAAUGUCCCAAAACGUCAAACGUCUUAAAGUGAAAUCUGCUAUUUCAAGUAUGAAAAUCAUAUAUUUCUCUCAGAUAUUCCUUUAAGUCCACAAAAAUAAAAACCUUAAUCACCUGUUAAGAAACAACCAUUUAAGAGUCCUAAAAGAUUAAAGUAGAAUGAACUAAUCAAGAGUUCUAAUAAAUAGAUAUAUAGUAGUAAUUCAAAAAGUUAAUAAUCCUAAUUGAAUACUUUUUAAUUACCGCAAUCUUAUAGACAAUCAGAUUAUAUUGAUUAACAAAGCUAAAUCAAAUUAUAUUCAUCUAAAUAUCAAAAAAUCAUGAAUGAAGAACAAGGCCUUUAUUAUAGUCAAUUAUAGACUAAACUAGAUUAAUUAUCAUAAAUCAUAGGUAAUCAAGAUGAUCGUCAACGGAACUUAUUUGAAAUAGAUAAUAUGAUCAAUUAAUCUAAACAGAUUAAUGCUAAAUCUAGAGUACAAAAACAUCUUGAUUCUUUGCAAUUUGAAAGUAAAGCCUUACAAAGUGAUCUAAACACUAUUAAAACUAAAAUAUCAAGAUUUUCUGAUUUUACUGAUAAUUGA